AAUACUUAGAAGCUUUUUUUACAGUUUUGUGCAAAUUAUGAAAUACAGUGGUAAGACAAUGAAAUAAUAAUGAUAUAUAUGUAUAUUGAACAUAUAUUGAUUCGUUCGAAUCGUUUGAAUCAGACUUUUCACUAACUGAACGGGACAGUUCGAACGAAUCGGUUCGGUAGACUGAUUCGAACGUCCCGUCGCAAUUAAGAAAUUCAACCUAACUUGAGAUACAACAAAAUACCGGUGAACAAUCCUGAAGUAUGCGGUCGACCAAUGGCUGUGCAGAGUUGGCGCUUCGUAUCCGCUACCAGCCAAUCAGGGUUCAGCGUAGCUCGGUCGCGAAGAGCGGUUGUGAGGACGGUUUGUGUACGUGAUGUUUGGAGAAUCAGUAACGUUGCUCCGCGGACGGCUUAACGUUUUCUCCUGUUUUCGGUCCGCGAAGUCAGUGACGGAGGAGCACAGGCGGAAAAUGUCUCUCGUUACCUAGACUGCUGUCGCGUUAGUAUUAUUUUAGCAGAGGCACUGCACUUGGCCUUGUUCUGGUUUCAUUUGCAGUCACCUUUGAGGAAAACAGAGCCGCUAGACUCGAAUCAUCACAUCCAUUUUAAUUCACAAUGAGGCUGUCGGUGUUUCUGCUGAAGAACGCUUCCCCAAAGAUCGAGUAUUACUCCAGAUUUUCACCGUCGCCUCUGUCGAUAAAGCAGUUUCUUGAAUUUGGCAGGGACAAUGCGUGUGAGAAGACGUCGUACAUGUUCCUGCGGAAGGAGCUGCCUGUGCGGCUGGCCAACACCAUGCGGGAGGUCAACCUGCUGCCUGACCGGCUGCUGAGCCAGCCCUCAGUCAAACUGGUGCAGAAAUGGUAUAUGCAGAGCUUUUUAGAGUUGCUUGAGUAUGAAAACAGGAGCCCAGAUGACCCACAUGCCCUGAAUGACUUCUUGGAGGCACUUAUUGAGAUCAGAAACAGGCACAAUGAUGUGGUCCCCACCAUGGCCCAGGGACUGAUCGAGUAUAAGGAGAAGUUUGGUUUUGACCCAUUCGUCAGCUCCAACAUCCAGUAUUUCCUGGACCGCUUUUAUACCAACCGCAUCUCUUUCCGCAUGCUCAUCAACCAGCACACACUCCUCUUUGGCAAUGACACAAACCCGGCACACCCCAAACACAUUGGCAGCAUUGAUCCUGCGUGCAGCGUGGCUGAUGUGGUGACUGAUGCUUAUGAGACAGCCAAGAUGCUGUGUGAGCAGUACUACCCUGCUGCCCCGGAGCUGAAGAUUGCAGAGUUUAAUGCUAAGGCACCUAACAAGCCUAUCCAAGCUGUCUAUGUGCCCUCUCAUCUGUUCCACAUGCUGUUUGAACUGUUCAAGAAUGCAAUGCGAGCUACAGUGGAGCACCAUGAAGAGAAUAAGGACGACCUUCCACCUAUUAAGGCUAAAGUCACGCUAGGGAAGGAGGACCUCUCUAUAAAGAUCAAUGACAAGGGUGGGGGCGUGGCUCUGAGGAAGAUUGACAGGCUCUUCAAUUACACCUACUCCACUGCACCAACCCCCAGUCUGGACUCUAAACGAGUACCACUGGCUGGAUUUGGCCAUGGCCUCCCCAUCUCCAGACUGUAUGCACGUUACUUUCAGGGAGACCUGAAGCUGUACUCGAUGGAAGGGGUGGGGACAGAUGCGGUCAUCUACCUGAAGGCUCUCUCCAGUGAGUCAUUUGAGCGCUUGCCAGUCUUUAACAAGUCUGCCUGGCGACACUAUCAAGGAGGCCCCGAGGCGGACGACUGGAGCAACCCCAGCAAAGAGCCGCGAGACGCUUCAAAGUACAAGGCGAAAAGAUAAACGUCCCUCAUCCACCACUGCCUGGCACCCGAACCACUGCACUUCUAUUCCUCUCCCUCUCCGUUUAGUCUAGCUUCUCUUGCUGUGGCCACAGCACAUCAAUGCCAAGUGUUCUGUGCUUGUCAGCAUUCCUUGAGUAGAGCCUUUGAAAUGAGUCUUUAAAAAAAAACAAACACAAGUCUCUGCUCCUUCCUCCUCUGUCUAGCAUGAAACAUUGGUCACAGUGCCCCCUCGUGGUGUGCCCCAGAAUGGUAGAAUGGCUGGGAGAGAUGGGCGAGUUCCAGUGUGCCUCGGGUGAAAGUAUAGUGCCACAUAAUAGGGCCCCUGUUUGACUCCCCUGAGGAGCUCUGGGGAAAAAACGUUGUCGUUUCAGACGAUCGAGACAAAGGGCGGCUCAGUUUCUGCUGCACAGGCAGGGGAAAAGGUUAGUGAGCUGUUUUCUUAAAGGAAUACUCCAAUGCUUUUCAAACCCAGUCGCUGCCCGCUGACUUACAUUAUAAGUGGGAGUUUGAGUCAAAUGUUUUUGUGCUCUUUAACUAAGAAAAGGGAAAUGCAUCCCAAUUAUUGUCCCUGGUAGUCAACUGUGAGGGUCAGAGCUUUGGUUGAAUUACGCUGGAUUAUUCCUUUAACCAACACUGUAACCAUUCCAUAAACCGUGGGUUAUCAUGGUUGAAAUACGGACAUAAUAUGUUUAAUUUCUAAGGUAUAGAAGUACCUUUUCGGCAGCGAAAUUUAGCAGAUAUGCCUCACUUAAAUUAUAUAGAGGACUAAAUGUUACCUAGAGGAUUUAUAAAACAUUAUACGUUGUUUACUAUUUAUUUGAAAACCACUGUAAUUUUAAGAGAUGUGCAAAUAGGUACAGGUGUGACUGCCAUUUUAGAAAAUCUGCUCUUGUAUAGGAAAUGUAAGGGCAUCAGAAAUGCUCAUAAGCCUGAGCUUCCUGUCACUGUAGUUAUGAUAUACCGUGACUCUCAUAAAAGGACCAGCAGAACAAAGCUUACACGAUGACAGCCUUCCAUUUCACUAGCAUCAUACCUGCAAACCUUUUUUUCUGAUUUGUGGAUGACCUUAUCCAGUAAAAGUUCUAUUAUGUAUUAGAUUAAAGCUGUUCUACUGUAGUUCUGUCACAAAUUGAAGGAAUAUUGAUAAAUGUUUACAGAUCCUUAUAUCCAGCAUGAAGGGAAACGUCGCCUUUUUGUUGUCUUAUGCAUCAGCAGCAGUAUGACGGUAUCUCUCUUUAUCUCUAUCUUUAUCCUCUACCAGCAUGCCAAUAUGAACAAUGCAGCACUGUAAGAAGGAGGCCUUCUCAAUUAUACCUGUUUUUAUUUAGAUUAGUCAAGAAAUCAUAAAUGGUUUUUUUCCAUAUGCAGGAAUUUCUUUAACAGUUUUUUACUAUUUUAUGGCUCAUUUUCCCUUUAUUUCACAGACGGAUCAUUGGCUCACUCUUUCUUUUCCUGUUUAUGCUCUACAGCUGUGUGCGCAUUUUUUGGUUUUGUGAUGACCUUUAGCAUUAUUUUAGAUGUACAGGCCUUUCUGCUGUUAUACCAAACUCAUAAAAUUUAAAAGUGGCAGAUUAUGAAAGUUAAUGAAAGCAGUUGGCUUUAUGCACUUGUGCACACUGGCCACUUUACUAGGUACAACUCCCUUGUAUCUACACUCAUUGUUUAUUAUUCUCUGCAUAAUUUGUAGCCCUUUUUUACCUUCAUCAACUUGAUUAGCUCAAGAGAAGAAUGUUUGGAGGGGUGAGGGACUGAGUGAACAGCAGGGACUUCAGCAGCAAAAAUCAUUGCAAACUGAUGCAUUUUUCUUUUCAAACCUGAAAAUAAUGUCAGAGAAAUCUGUUUACAAACCAUUGUGUCCUCUCAGAAAAGUGUUGUGCAUUGCAAGGUUUUCAUAACUAGCUGAUUAGCUCAUGAGGCUAUUGUAGUUGAAGAUGCUCAGAUUGAAUAAUCACUUGUGUUAAAGUUGGUGAGGGUGUGUUGAAAAGGGUUUGAAACAAGACUGUACUGUCCACUCUAGACGUGGCUACCUUGUUAGUCCACCCUGUAGACGUAAAUUCAGAGACGAUGGCUGAUCUGUUGCUGCACAGCUUUGUGUAAGUCGCCUGUAGUCCCUGGUAAGUUUCUGACCGCAGGACGCUGUUAGCUGGAUAUUUUUAGUUGAUGGACUAUUCUCACUAACUCACUAAUAUCACCACCCAAAUAGUACCUGCUCUAUGAGAGUCCUGACCACUGAUGAAAGGGAUGAUGGAGGGCUACCAAACAUUGCAGAGAAACAGAUGGACUACAGUGUAAUUGUAGAACUAUGAAGUGUACCUUAAUGGUAGGUAGACCUGAUAAAAUGGGCAAAGAUGUGGAUAAAAGGUGGGUGUAUGUAAUAAAGUGACCAGUGCAUGUAUUUUUAGUUUGUGGUAGCUCUCAUUUAUCACAGCUGUCUUAGUGUUCUUUAAAUGUAUCUAUCGGUUUUUCAGUAUAAUAAUUAUUAUUAUUAUUAUUAUUAUUUUCAUCUCACUUCAUUAGAGAUACCACUCAAGUACCAACCUUGCCCAGUGAUUUAGUGGUCAAUAAAGCCUUUUUGUAAAAGAGAAAUCAGUAUGGACCUUAUAAUGGUUAAUAUGGACCUUUAUGUUCUUCUAAAGUUAAAAUAUAGAUUACAAGGUUUGUUGAAGGAAAAAUGUUAGAAAUUAUUUUUCAGAUUUAGUAUCUCUGUGGAGAAAAUGAACUCUGAGAUGACAUGAAGCCAGCAUGUAUCUAUAGAACCAGCUUAAUGUGUAGAGACCAUAGAGAAGCUCAUUCUGCUGUGGGCUGGUUUUCCCAGCAUGGAUUUCUCUCCGAGAAAGCUUUUCAUCAGAGUAAUGGUCAUUAUUUGUUCUGUUCACUGCAGCACCAGGCCUGAUCUCCUUACACAGACACGGCUGCCUGUGGACGGUGGCUGCUUUAAGAAAUACUCCAGUGUUUUUCACCCUGAUGUCUGUCAGCAGUAUGUAUAGCACUCAGACAGCAAAAGACCUAAACUUGGAAAAGAACAGACAACUCAAAAUGUACUUCAGCAUCUGUACAGGGAAUUGUGUUGAAAUGGUCUGUGGUAGCUGACCACAUUACAGGUACUGCAGAUAGAGAUUAGGUGGGGAAAAAAAAAGCUAGAGUAUUCCUAAAAGUGUGGACAUGACUAGUUUAUCUAAUAUACCUUUGUUGUGUUCUGUAUCUGCUCUGUCGCUGCACAGUACAUAAGCUGGUUGUUGUUUUUUAGUAAUUGCAGAGACACGCUGUCCUGACUUGAUGGUUCUGAAGUCGUUCUUCAUAUGUGAAUCUGUACACACUCCAUUCAUGUAUUGCAGUAAGGUUGUUGGUCUGUUGAGCACAACCUAAACUGUACAAUAAACCAGAACCCGAACCAUA